AUGGAAGAUGUUUCAGGGGACAUAGAGGUAGGGGCUUGCCUUUUCGGAGCCCGUGGCGUGUACGCCCCUCUAUCGGAGAAUCAAGGGCCUCUGGUUGUUGAGUCUCCGUCUGAAUUUUUGUUUUCGGAUCCUGUCACCUUGACUAAUCUAAUAGAAUCUAUAUUAAUUACCCAUCAACCUACUUGGGAUGACUGCCAGCAGCUCUUGCAAACUCUCCUGACCUCAGAGGAGAAACAGAGGGUUUUUCUAGAAGCAAGGAAGAAUGUGCCAGGGGAGAAUGGACAGCCGACUCAGCAACCAAACGAGAUCGAUGCCGCCUUCCCCUUGACCAGACCCAACUGGGAUUUUACCACCGAUGCAGGUAGGGGACACCUACCUUAUGUCCAGUUGCUCAUAGCAGGCCUCCGAGGGACCGGUAAAUGCCCCGUCAAUUUGGCACAGGUAAAGCAAGUAAGUCAGGGUUCCGAGGAGCCUCCUGCUGCCUUUCUAGAGAGACUCAAGGAAGCCUAUCACAUGUACACUCCCUAUGACCCAGACGAACCGGGACAGGCUACCGGCGUGGCCAUGGCAUUUAUAUGGCAGUCAGUGCCUGACAUUAGGAAUAAGUUACAGAGGCUGGAUGGACUACAGGGCUACACCAUCCAGGAUCUACUAAAGGAAGCAGAAUGUAUCUAUAAUAAGAGGGAGACUGUAGAAGAGAGGGAGGACCAUAUACGCAGAGAAACUGAAGAGAAGGAGACAGCUAGGGACCAUAAACGAAGUAAGGAGCUAAGCCGCCUCUUGGCCACUUUAGUGCAGAACAGCAAUAGGUCAGAUAGGCAGGGAGACCAGAGGAGGCCCAGGGUGGAGCGGGACCAGUGUGCCUAUUGCAAGGAGUGAGGCCACUGGGUGAGAGAAUGCCCAAAGCGACCCCGAAAACCGAAGGGUUCGCGGCUGGAAAACUCCCUUCUGGCUUUAGAUGAAGAUAGGGGAGCCAAGGCCGGGAGGCCCCCCACCGUGCCUAUGCUAACUCUCAGAGUCGGGGGGCAACCAGUCACCUUCCUAGUCGACACCAGAGCUCAGCACUCGGUCCUCACCACCUCCCCGGGCCAACUCAGCAGACGGACAGCCUGGGUGCAAGGGGCCAAUGGAAGGCGAUACCGUUGGACUACUGAAAGGAAGGUACAUCUGGCUACCGGUAAGGUUUCUCAUUCUUUCCUCCACGUCCCCGACUGUCCAUACCCACUACUGGGACGAGACCUACUGACCAAACUCAGAGCACAGAUCCAUUUCGAGGGGAAUGGGGCCACAGUGUCAGGCCCAAAUGGAGCACCUCUCCAAGUAUUAACUCUCAAAAUGGAAGAUGAAUACAGAUUGUUUGAUACAGUGAAACCCGAGAUAGACUCUUGGCUGGAAGAUUUCCCCUUGGCCUGGGCCGAAACCCGGGCCAUGGGUUUAGCUAAGCAACAACCUCCCAUAGUCAUUGAGUUAAAGGCAACAGCUACACCCAUCUCGAUUAAACAGUAUCCCAUGCCUAAUGAGGCCUAUCAAGGAAUUAAGCCGCACAUCAAAAGACUCUUGGACCAAGGGAUCUUAACUCCCUGUCGGUCGCCAUGGAACACUCCACUUCUACCCGUCAAAAAGCCUGGCACAGGCGACUACCGACCGGUACAGGACCUUAGGGAAGUUAAUAAGAGGGUGGAGGAUAUACACCCCACGGUGCCCAACCCAUAUAACCUUCUGAGUACCCUACCACCCACCCAUCUGUGGUAUACGGUGCUAGACCUAAAGGACACCUUCUUUUGUCUCCGGCUAAGCCCUAAGAGCCAGCCAAUGUUUGCUUUUGAAUGGAGGGACCCCGAACUAGGAAUUUCAGGACAAUUGACCUGGACGCGGCUCCGCCAGGGAUUCAAGAACAGCCCCACUCUCUUCGAUGAAGCCUUACAUCAGGACCUUGUGGACUUCCGGGUUCAGCACCCAUCCCUGAUUCUACUCCAGUACGUGGAUGAUCUCCUACUGGCAGCUCCAACCAAACGGGACUGUCUUAAAGGUACCAGGGCCCUACUACAAACCCUCGGGCAUCUUGGGUACAGAGCCUCCUCCAAGAAGGCCCAAAUUUGCCAGACGGAAGUGACUUAUCUGGGGUACAAAUUAAAAGAUGGACAGCGUUGGCUAACGGCCGCGUGCAAGAAAACUAUAUCCCAGAUCCCAGUUCCCCGGGGUCACCGGAAGCAGAGAGAAUUCUUGGGCACCGCCGGGUUCUGCAGGUUGUGGAUCCCCGGAUUCACCGAAAUGGCGGCUCCUCUGUAUCCCCUAACCAAACAAGGGGCUCCCUUUGAAUGGACAGAGGCACAACAACAGGCCUUUAGUAACAUCAAACGGGCCCUACUCUCCUCUCCGGCUUUGGACUUGCCCGACAUAACCAAACCUUUCAACCUAUUCAUGGAUGAGAAGCAAGGCUUUGCAAAGGGGGUCUUGACCCAGAGGUUUGGGCCAUGGAAGCGACCCAUUGCCUACUUGUCCAAGAAAUUGGACCCAGUAGCCUCCGGAUGGCCCCCUUGCUUGAGAAUGGUGGCGGCCAUUGCAAUCCUCGUCAAGGACGCAACAAAGCUGACUCUGGGACAGCCAUCAACUGUACUGGCACCACAUGCGGUUGAGUCUAUCAUCUGCCAGCCUCCUGAUCGUUGGCUAUCCAAUGCCCGCAUGACCCAUUACCAGUCCCUGCUCCUGGAUGCUGAUGGGAUUCGCUUCGGCCCAGCAGUCGCCCUUAGUCCUGCAACUCUGCUGCCGCUGCCAGAGGGCCCUAUGUCCCAUGACUGCCUGCAGAUCCUUGCGGAAGCACAUGGGACCAGGGUUGACCUGUCCGAUCAGCCAUUAAAAGACACGGACCACACGUGGUACACGGAUGGCAGUAGCUACUUGCUGAAUGGAGAACGAUAAGCAGGAGCAGCAGUGACCACCGAAAACCAGGUAGUCUGGGCCAGCGCCCUUCCGGGAGGCACCUCGGCACAGCGGGCAGAGCUCAUUGCCCUAACUCAGGCGCUCCAGCUGGCAGAAGGUAAGAGACUCAACGUAUAUACCGAUAGCCGGUAUGCCUUCGCCACUGCCCACAUACAUGGGGAAAUCUACCCAAGGAGGGGACUCCUAACCUCGGAGGGCAAGGAGAUUAAAAAUAAAACUGAGAUCUUGGCCCUGCUCAAGGCCCUAUUCCUCCCCAAGAAAUUGAGCAUCAUGCACUGCCCAGCGCACCAAAGAGGAGACAGUGCAGAGGCAAAAGGCAAUCGUCUAGCAGAUGAGAUUGCUAAACAGUCCGCUGUGGGUCCCCAGCUCCUCACCGUCACGAUCUUAACUGAACCAGGACGGACCCAGCUGGUAAACUGGGAAUAUAGUACUGAGGACUUAGAUUUGAUACAGAAACUAGGAGCAGACUAUGAUCCAGAGUGGGACAGAUGGGUGCACCAAGGAAAAACCAUUGUGCCAACCUACAAUGGACCUAAUUAA